UUAAUCUUUCUGGUACUGUCAAUCGGAUUGGUGUUUUCAAGGCUGUCAGGCAGGCAGUCUUCUGGGCACGCCUAGGUGCGGGGUCCUCGCCGCUUUCUCUGCAGCCUCAGCUUCGGUCCGGAGAGGACCCGGCGCCGAAUCACUGACUCGCCGUGGUGUCGGGAAAAUGAUCCACAGUUUAUUUCUCAUAAAUUGUUCUGGGGACAUAUUUCUAGAGAAGCACUGGAAGAGUGUUGUGAGCCAGUCUGUGUGUGAUUAUUUCUUUGAAGCUCAGGAGAAAGCUGCUGAUGUUGAAAAUGUACCACCUGUCAUUUCAACACCUCACCACUACCUCAUCAGUAUCUACCGGGAUAAGCUCUUCUUCGUGUCUGUCAUCCAGACUGAAGUGCCACCACUCUUUGUAAUUGAGUUCCUACAUCGAGUUGCUGACACUUUUCAGGACUACUUUGGUGAGUGUUCGGAGGCUGCAAUUAAGGAUAAUGUCGUAAUAGUAUAUGAGCUCUUGGAAGAAAUGUUAGACAAUGGAUUUCCUCUGGCUACUGAAUCUAACAUUUUGAAAGAACUGAUUAAACCACCAACAAUUCUACGUUCUGUCGUCAACUCUAUUACAGGCAGUAGUAAUGUUGGGGACACACUCCCCACGGGACAGCUGUCCAACAUCCCAUGGCGUCGGGCUGGAGUAAAGUACACAAAUAACGAAGCCUAUUUUGAUGUCGUUGAAGAAAUAGAUGCAAUUAUAGAUAAAUCAGGAUCUACAGUCUUUGCAGAAAUUCAGGGGGUCAUUGAUGCUUGCAUUAAACUAUCUGGAAUGCCUGAUCUUUCUCUCUCUUUCAUGAACCCAAGGCUUCUGGAUGAUGUCAGCUUCCACCCGUGCAUUCGGUUUAAGCGUUGGGAAUCUGAAAGAGUUUUGUCAUUUAUUCCUCCAGAUGGAAAUUUCCGACUCAUAUCGUACCGUGUCAGCUCACAAAAUCUAGUGGCAAUACCAGUGUAUGUGAAACAUAAUAUCAGCUUUAAGGAGAACAGUUCUUGUGGCAGAUUUGAUAUAACAAUUGGACCAAAGCAGAAUAUGGGGAAAACUAUUGAAGGAAUCACAGUGACAGUUCACAUGCCAAAAGUCGUGCUGAAUAUGAACCUGACACCAACACAAGGCAGCUAUACAUUUGAUCCAGUCACUAAGGUACUAACAUGGGAUGUGGGGAAAAUUACACCACAAAAGCUCCCAAGUCUUAAAGGACUGGUAAAUUUACAGUCUGGAGCACCGAAGCCAGAAGAGAACCCAAGCCUGAACAUACAGUUCAAGAUCCAGCAGCUUGCUAUUUCAGGCUUAAAAGUAAACCGUUUGGACAUGUAUGGAGAGAAAUACAAACCAUUUAAAGGAGUCAAAUAUGUCACAAAAGCUGGAAAGUUCCAAGUGAGGACAUGAGAAGAGGCCAAAAGUUCUCGAGAUCAGUUUGUUUUCCAAGUGUCAUUACAGUCUAUAUUCUAUUAGGUACCAAUUGAGUGGGAAUACGUAUUCUAAUUAAAGCAUUUGUCAAGCUACUUACCACUAACAAAACUGCUUAGUAACUGAUGUAAGGUUCUUAAGGAGCUUUAAGCUAAGGAAACUUUUCUAAAAACUUAGCUGAUUUUCUAUCUUUUCACUUAGGAAGAUUUUUGGAGGUGAUUUUUCCCACAGAGGGCCACCAGUGGGUAUUGCACGCUGAAACAGUAAAGGCAGAAGGCUACAAUGAUGACCUCUGCCACAGCAAGUGAACUGGCUCAUCCAGCAACACUAUCAGUCUGAGAUACGAUGUCAGGUGCAGCCGAUUGUCAUGCCUUCUGAUCUUAGUUAUCUCAAAUCAGUAUCUGUCCUAACAGGAAACUUCCCCCACUCCCAAGAAGUUUACAGAAAACUGCCUCUUCAAGUGUUUGCCUUAUUCAGCUUUUCACUUGUGCCAUUAAGCAAGCACUGUAGCAAAAGCCACUUCCACAUGGCCCGGCAGGGAGCUGAGCUGCUCCACGCUCCAUUCUCACUGUACUUGGUAUUGUAUUUUUUUAUAAAUAAGAUUUUUAUGUAAAGCUCAGAUUUUGAUUUACAGAGACCUUGCUGCAGUAAAUACACCAUUAAAUUUUGUGCCACUGGUUCAGCUGUUAGCACAGUAUAAAAAAAAUGUAUCAAAGGGGCAAGUACUUUUUAAGGUAAUAAAAGGGAACACUUUCUGUUUUUAGGAAGUUCUCACAAGCACAGAUGUUUGCACUUUGAAGCAAAUUAAAGCAGUAAAAGAGAAACCUAAGUGACCCCUUUGCCAUCUUCAUGUUUUGUAAAGCUUUAUCCAAUAGCCUAAAAGCCUCAUGCCCUACAGCAAAGGGAGGAAAAUGUGUCUGCUUCACUAU